AUGCGGUCUGUACAUAAGAACAAGGGGUUCGUUGUGCUGUGCACUCAUCACAAUCCCGGUUACCGGGGCUCGGUCACAAACACUAACCUCUCUCAUCAGGGUCUAUCUAAUAAGGAGCCGCUCUCCUCCGCUCGCCAUCUUCGCUCCCAACUUGAGUCGUAUUCACGAAGCGAGACAUACCGCAAGCAAUUUCACCUACCCACAACAGAAAGCCUCGAGUUUGAGGCCCCCUGCUACCUCUGCACCCCCUUCGACAAAGGCGAGCGUCCUGGGCGAAUUUAUCUGUCGGAAAAUUUUAUCUGUUUCCGAAACCAGGGCGGCGCCUACAUCUCGCUUGUGGUCCCUCUUAGCGAGGUCCUCAUUGUCGACAGUCACGCGUUGAAGGCAAAUCCGAAACACACGGAACUCGUGCUCUCUACCAAAGAUGCAGUGUUUAUGUUCACCAAGAUGGACUCUGGCGAGGCUCUUAUUGACAGGCUGAAUUGCAUUGUGCACGGCUCGUCUGCGGCUUCCACCAAUGACACCGAUGCUGUACUAGUCGCCGAAGACGCCUUAUGGAGUAUUAAUGAAGCCGCACGACCACCAACAGUCGGCCUUGAGAGUGAAACCGCGGAUGUUGAGAGAACCGCGAAGCAACCAGAACAGCAGGCCCCGCCACCAACAAAGAGCGGUACGUGGACUGGUCCUGUGUUGUCGCGCUGCCGUCUGCCCUUUUGCGUCAGCGUUAGACCCUCCUCAGAGCUUCGUGACCCCCAUUCCUUGCAUUACGCUUUUCUUUCUCCAUUCGCAGGAAUUGGUAGUCCCCGGGCUGGCAUUGUUGAACCCGAACAAACGUCUGGCCAAGCCGACGUAGCUCCGAGUAGUGAGUAUUCCGGCAAAUUUAUCGAUCGUUUCCCUCUCGACUCGCUCGACAACGCUGCGGUGAGUCAAGCUGAGGCGAAACGCAUGUUUCAGUGGGCAAAUUACCUUUCGACGUAUGGCGCUGGAAGGACCAUGUACGUUGUGGAUCAAGUAGAAGAGCUCGUGCUCAAGGGCCUACCUCAGCAACUACGAGGAAGGCUGUGGAUGCUCCUGAGCGGCGCUGAAAACGAUCUGUGGGUGUGGCAGCGUGCGCCUCCAGUGCUGACAACACCACCUUCGUGUGUUUGCGUUGCCAUUGGGCUCACUGCAUUUAUGGAGAAUGAGCAAAUUUUCGCCUUGUCAUUGCUCUUUUCCCAACUACCUCUCCUCCCCUUCGUCGCGCAAGCUUUUGAGUGCAGUAGCACCAGACCAGACGAAAAGAAACCGCCCACUUCGUCCAAGCUGACAGCCCUGUUGCAAAGUGGGCUUUUCGCUGGUGGUCGAAAGUUCAUUUGGUCCCUGGAUCUAUGUCGUUGUGUUUCCUUUCCCACUACUAAACCAGCACGUCGUGCCAACGUCCACUUACCCUUUAGUAUGCGCUUGAAUCCGGGUUGCUACGAGGAUUUGGUUCGACAGACCUCAGGCCGCAGCAACUCCGUGCUCAUUGAGAUCGAGCGGGACCUGCACCGCUCCCUGCCCGAACACCCAGCCUACCACACGCCCGAGGGAAUCGCUGCCCUGCGUCGUGUCCUCACGGCUUAUGCCUUCAGGAAUCCCAACGUCGGCUACUGCCAAGCGAUGAACAUUGUAACCGGUGCCCUGCUGCUCUACUGCUCGGAGGAGGAGGCCUUCUGGCUGUUGGCCGCCGUCUGCGAGCGCCUCCUUCCAGACUACUACGACAGCCAGGUGGUGGGGGUGCGCGUGGACCAGGUGGUGCUGUGUGAACUCGUUUCUCAACACCUCCCCAGCAUUUUCAACCGACACUCGCCAUCAAAUGGAAGAGAAGGCGCCCACGACGCCGCCUCCCUCCUAGUCUCGUUUUUUAAAAGAUCUGGUGGAAAGGCGGUCGAUCGGUCAAGCGAUACUGGUGUGGAGCUGGUCAAUCUUGUCAUCCUAUCCUGGUUCCUGACGUUAUUUCUCAAUACGAUGCCUUUCCGCUGCGCAGUCUUCAUCAUCGACUACUUCUUCUUUGGGGGUGCCAAGGUGAUUUUUCAAAUCGCCCUCGAACUUCUACGCCUGCACUUGCCAAAAUUCGAAGCGGCUCGUGCGCGCGAAGAAGUCAGCGAAACGCUGAUCCAGUUGUCUCGUUUCUUCAACCGUCUCGUGGCAGAAAUCGACGCUUCUGCUUGCUCCCCCUCCAAACCCCAGACAACCCUGCGCCCGAUCCCAGUGGAUGAACCGACGCUGUCCAAAAUAUCCGUGGAACAACUCCUGAGGUCGGCGAAGGCCAAUUUCGGCGCGGUGGUGUCCAAUGCGCGAAUUGAAAUGCUGCGAAUUGCAUGCCGACUGCGCGUGAUACAUGCGCUGUCCGUCAGCUGCGUUCAAGAGGCCAUCCGGACGCUGCAGCCUCAACUAAACGCCAAUUUGGAGGACCUGGCGGCAGUGUGCUUCUCCUAUAAGGAACACUACAUCACGUCGAGGUACUAUCAGCCACAGCACGUUCAACCAGCCGCCCAGUACGGUGCUGUGAGCUCCCUCAACCGGCCUUGCUACGACAUGCACCGGAUUGACGCAGACCAAUUUUGCAGUCUCUUCAAGUCCCAAUCGUCUUGGGCGCACCUCGCAUUGCCACUUUUCCGGCUGCUGGACGCCGAUAAGGACAACCUUGUUAACAUGCGGGUUGGGGAAGAGGCUUUUCUGGCAAGAUUCAUUGCGACACGCCUCCCCCUCCCUCCCCCCAACCCCAUCCACUUCGCCUCGGGUGAGAACGCUGCCAUCUGGGCGGAUACGGUCGGGCAGGACUAUGCUUGGCUCCUGACCCUUAUUGCCUCCUCGGAUUAUCGUAGAAAGCUGCGACUCCUCUUCACCGUGCAUUCCCCCGAGUACCUUCGACCGGAGGACCGCAAGGGGUUUUGGGACAGGCGCCCCGCCCCCUCCGACGCCGCUCUCGCAUUAGCCUCUGCGCUAUCGCGCCCCGGUGACGUGGAAUGUGGGCAGGAGUUGACGGAGGAGGUCGCUACAGAGGAGGCUGCGGCGGAGGAAGAGGACGAUCCAGAGACCUUGUCAAUCGACUCACUCUCGGUACUGGAUCUGAAUGAGAGCGAGGCCCUGCGUAAGAAGUCCGCAAGCGAUCUACCGUUGCAAACUGUCUACGCGGGACCACCCGCUCUAGAAAGCCCACCGCCUCUUUUGAAGCCCAAUUUCGUUGAUUUAUUAAAGUCCUCUGGGGGCGUCUUGUUUGUCUCCAUUCAUCGUGCCAUUCCCGUUUACACCUUAACAAACAUCGCCCGCCAGUUUCAGCGGGUGGCUGAGGCGACGACAAUCCACUUUCUACUGUUGGGCAACCGCAAGGACAAUUUCGAAUUGCUUCACGCGCUUGCAAGCCUCGGUCAACUGUCGCAUUUGGCCGUAACCAAACGCAACGCAGCCCUUGCAGUCGGUGAUAAAGACGCCUCUCCUCCUUGGAAGAUUGACUUCAAUGAAUUCAUGACUGUGAUCUUCUCGAUUCCCGCUCUGGUGGUCGCGUUCAGCGAGUGGAUCCCUUUGGCGAAGCGGAUCGUGGUGCGACCGACCAAUUUCUGA